AAUAUAUAUAAUAGUUAGAAUAAAAGGUUGUAAUUUCUUGAAUCGUGUUUCUUUAUUUUCUUCCUGACUCUCUCUCUCUCUCUCUUCGUUGUUUCUCUCUCUCUCUAUAUCUGUAUUGAAUCAAGAUGUCGACAUCGAAAAUGAUUGUCCUGAAGAGCUCCGAUGGCGAAACCUUCGAGGUUGAAGAAGCGGUGGCGGUUGAAUCUCAAACCAUCAAGCACAUGAUUGAAGACGACUGCGCCGACACAGUCAUCCCUUUGCCUAACGUUACCAGCAAAAUCAUGGCUAAGGUUAUUGAAUACUGCAAGAAGCAUGUCGAGGCCCCUAAAUCCGAUGACAAAGCUGCUGAGGAAGAACUCAAGAACUUCGAUGCCGAGUUUGCCAAAGUUGACCAGGGCACCCUCUUUGACCUUAUUCUGGCAGCAAAUUAUCUCAACAUAAAGAGCCUUCUGGAUUUAACAUGUCAGACAGUGGCUGAUAUGAUAAAGGGGAAGACACCUGAGGAGAUUCGCAAGACAUUUAACAUUAAGAAUGAUUUCACCCCGGAGGAAGAAGAGGAGGUCCGCAGGGAGAACGCAUGGGCAUUCGAGUAAAACUAUACAUCCAUCAUUAUUAUGUUUGUUUUGUUUGUUUGUUGUUGUUGCUGCUGCCGAAUCUCUUCUUAUGUUGGAUUAUCUUACAACUGUCUUUAACCUUGUUCAUCUUUUUUUUUUAAGUCUAUUUUUACUCUGAAUGCUGCUUCUACUAAAAGGGGGGUUCUUCAUCCUCCUCCUAAGUGCUUUCAAGAUAAUCUGUCUCGCAUGGAACUAGUUGUGUUGUUUGUUAUCUCUUCUGUUGUUGAUUCUUAUUGCAAGGAAUAUUGAAUCUUGUAGAACAAAAAUUAAGAAUAUGGGAAUAUUAGAUUGAUUUCGUCGAA